GCGGAUCUAGAGCUGCUCACCAAGAGCAUGGAGGAGGAGAGGGAGAACACCGAGGCCAUCGCCGCAGACCCGAUGGCAGCGCAGAUGGCAGCCACCCAAGCCACGCAGCAGACCACAUGCUCCGCAUUGACGGCGAUACUGAAGGCAUUGCAGGGUCAUGGCAUCCAGCUCGACACGACCGCGGCGGCGGAGAUCAUGCUGGCAAACGCGACGACGGCAGCGGCAUCAUCGGAGGGGGCGACGACAAGCAACAGCGCCGGCAUCCGCCAGAGCACCGCCCAGAAGCGCCCGGCGUCCAAGGGGAAGGGGGCCCUGGGCAAGGAGGCUGCCAAGAUGGGCGGCGAGUGCUGGGAUCGUCGCCGCCCAAGCAAGUGCACGUUGGCAUCGCGCCGGAGAUCGCUCGUGAAGAUGAUG